AUGUCGGGUAACAUGUCCUCCCCCUGCCCUAGGAACGGCUCUGAGGCCUGGCAGGCUCCUUCCUUCACUCGGGCUGCGCAGUUCCGCGUGGGCGCCACGAUGCUGCUCUUCUCCUUCGCGGCGGUCAGUAACCUGGCCGUGCUGGUCAGCGUGGCGCGGGGGGGCGGCCGCCGGCUCUCUCCGCGGCUCCGACCCCUCAUCGUCAGCCUGGCGCUGGCUGACCUCAUGAUGACCUUCGUGGUGAUGCCUCUGGACGCCGUGUGGAACGUGACGGUACAGUGGUACGCGGGCGACGCGCUCUGUAAGCUCCUGUGCUUCCUCAAGCUGUUUGCCAUGCACUCCUCCGCAUUCAUCUUGGUGGUCAUCAGCCUGGACCGGCACGCUGCCAUCCUGCACCCCCUGAGCUCCCUCGACUCCGAGAGACGCAACAAGAGGAUGCUGCUGAUGGCCUGGAGCGCCAGCCUGCUGCUCGCCUCCCCACAGCUGUUCAUCUUCCGGACAAUCAAGGCGGGGAAUGCAGACUUCACGCAGUGUGUGACUCACGGGAGCUUCCGGCAGCACUGGCAGGAGACACUGUACAACAUGUUCCACUUCAUCACACUCUACGUCAUGCCCCUGUUCGUCAUGAUCUUCUGCUACGCACGCAUCCUGCUGGAGGUCAACCGGCAGAUGAAGAAAAACAAAGCGGGGGAUUCCUGUCUGCGUCGGAGUGGCACUGAUCAAAUCCCAAAGGCCCGCUUGAAGACCCUGAAGAUGACCAUCAUCAUCGUGGCCUCCUUCGUCAUCUGCUGGACCCCUUACUACCUGCUGGGGAUCUGGUACUGGUUCCACCCUCAGAUGCUGAGGGAGACCCCGGAGUACGUCAACCACAUCCUGUUCCUGUUUGGCCACCUGAACACCUGCUCUGACCCGGUCAUCUACGGACUCUACACACCCUCCUUCCGGGCUGACCUGGCAUGCUGCUGGCACCGCCGCACCCCAGACUCGCUACAGACCACCGACCAGAGCGAGCACUGUCACGAGGGGGCAGGGCCAGAGCGAGGGCGUAAAGGGGGGCAGGGCCGGAGUGAGGGCAGCAAAGGAGAGGCAGGGCCUGAGGGAGAGCAGUAAAGGAGAGGCAGGGUCAGUGCGAGGGCAGUAAAGGAGGGCAGGGCCGGAGCGAGGGCAGUAAAGGAGAGGCAGGGCCUGAGUGAGAGCAGUAAAGGAGAGGCUGGGUCAGUGCGAUGGCAGU